AAAGUAUCGUCCCUUGUUGUAAGCGUUUUCGUUCCUCAUAGCUCCUGUGAAGUGCACUCGUCCCGUGUGUGGUACAUUUACUUGAAUGACGUAAUGUGUUCCCAUUUGUGUGGUGGCACAAGAUGGCGAGCCUAAUCGAUUCACCCUAUCCUUGGUAGUGAGGGCGUCGUCGCAGCAGGCGAUCGAUGUGGAUGGACGCGCCCGGGCCGCAGAGUCGGCCACAUUUGCCACGAAAUUUCACAACCAAGAAACGAGUAUCAUACGCCGACUUAUGGAUGGGAUUUCAUGUGCCUACUGUAGGACGUUAUCUCAAGUAAGGGUGGUACGCAAGAUGGAGCCCUGAACCUCCCAUGAUCCGGACAUGCUGGAGAAAUGGCGGCUGCCCCCCGUCAGACAUCGUUGACGAGUAGAGCGUGUGCUUCUGAGAUGAUCGUCCCGUGUCACAGGUUAUGAUGUCGGAAUCCGUCUACCUUCAUCUACCCUCGAGGAGGCCCGGUUGCAGCAGCGGUUGCAUCCGUCCCAGCGAAGAGGCCGGCGGUGAGCGAUGAUGGGAGAGGCGACGCGUCCGCCCGAGGCCGGCGACGAAGCUGUGGCAGAACCGGAUCACCUGACGCACCACGAAGCUACCGACGAAGAGGACGAAUGUGCACCCCUCUUUCGACCUUUCACCAGGGAAUCGCUAGCAGCUCAGGAGGCCCGAAUAGCCGAGGAGGCGGCGCGUAAGGCCCUUCAGCAACAGCGGAUCGACGAAGGGAUUCCCGCCGGCGAAGAUUACGUUCAUCAUCCACGUGAGCCGCGGGAUCCUGAUCCGGCCUUGGAAGCUGGCGGACCGCUACCUCGGCGAAUCAUUGGCGAAUUUCCCCCAGAACUCAUUGCCACCCCCAUCGAAGAUAUCGACAAGUUCUACGAGAAUAAGAGGACAUUUGUGGUGAUUAGCAAGAACAAGGACAUCUUCCGGUUCAGUUCAACGGACGCGUUAUUUCUCCUAAGUCCUUUCAAUCCGGUGCGGAGGCUAGCAAUUUGUAUCCUGGUUCACCCAAUCUUCAGCUUUCUUGUAAUUGUCACCAUCCUCGUCAACUGCGUCCUUAUGACCAUGCCUAACAACGAGACGAUUGAAAACACCGAAACAAUAUUCACGACAAUUUACACAUUUGAAUCAUGCACAAAAAUGUUGGCUCGAGGGUUCAUUUUAGAGCAAUUCACAUAUCUUCGAGAUCCGUGGAAUUGGUUAGACUUUAUGGUUAUAUCUUUAGCAUAUAUCACACAGUUCGUUCCAAAUUUGGGGAACUUGAGCGCCUUGAGAACCUUUCGUGUACUUCGAGCCUUGAAAACUGUAGCUAUAGUUCCGGGUCUGAAGACGAUCGUAGGAGCCGUCAUAGAAUCAGUCAAGAACCUCAGGGAUGUGAUCAUAUUGACCAUGUUUUCGCUGUCAGUCUUUGCCUUACUGGGGUUGCAAAUCUACAUGGGAGUGCUCUCGCAAAAAUGCAUCGUGCCCCCUCCAGACAACCUCUCCGAAGCCGAAUAUGCAAAUUAUUUAAACAAUGAGACAUUUUGGUUUGCUGAGGAUGAUGGAAGCCAUCCACUAUGUGGGAACUCUAGCGGUUCAAAGCAAUGUACAGAGGGUUACAUGUGUUUGCAAGGUGUUGGUGACAACCCAGACUAUGGGUUCACCAAUUUCGAUACAUUUGGCUGGGCCUUUCUGGCUGCCUUUAGGCUAAUGACACAAGAUAGUUGGGAGACCCUCUAUCAAAUGGUGCUACGUUCGGCAGGCCCAUGGCACAUGUGUUUUUUUGUAGUAAUAAUAUUUCUUGGGUCGUUUUACCUAGUCAACUUGAUCCUGGCUAUUGUUGCAAUGUCAUACGAUGAGUUACAGAAGAAGGCUGAAGAAGAAGCCGAAGAAGAUAGACUUGUAGAAGAAUCCAUGAGGGCUGAAGAAGAAGCCCGUGCCGAAGCCGCUGCAGGGCAUCGAAAACCCAGCGCAGCGGUUGAAAUGCUCAAGAGUCCUUCGGAGUAUUCGUGCCGGUCAUACGAACUGUUUGUGGGGCAGGAGCGUGGUGAAGACAACAAAGACCUCAGGGAACGUUCCAGCAUCAAGAGCGCAGACGCCGAUGACCUCGACUUCUGCUGCCCUCAAGAUGCCCGCUCUCGGCCGCCCAAUGGAAAGGUGCGCAAGAUAUUAGCGCGCCGAUUUAGCGGGUCCCGUGCCAGUCUAAGCCUACCCGGCUCGCCCUUUAACCUGCGUAGGGGUAGCCGCGGUAGCCAGUUAAGCGUCAACUGGCGCAGCAACGGGCGGCGGCUGGGCGACCGCAAACCACUGGUCCUGCAGACUUACAUGGACGCUCAAGAACACCUGCCGUACGCGGACGACAGCAACGCCGUGACGCCCAUGUCGGAAGACAACGGCGCCGUGCUCGUGCCCAUGUACACGAGUUUGGCGUCGCGCCAUUCGAGCUAUACGUCGCACUCGUCCAGGCUGUCGUAUACCUCCCAUGGGGAUAUCUGCUGCAAGGGAGGGGGCCUCACCAAAGAGAGUCAGCUUCGCUCUCGCUCGCGGAACCUCCAGGGCUGCUACUGUUACGAGGACAUGUCUUUCGACGGAGAGGAAUGCCUGGCUGUGAAGACAAAGCAGCCAGACAACCCUUUUAUUGAACCGUCGCAGAGGCAAGGUCUUGUGGAUAUGAAAGAUGUGAUGGUGCUCAACGACAUCAUCGAACAAGCCGCGGGCAGGCAGAGCAAAGCUAGUGAGAGAGUGUCCAUCUACUAUUUCCCCACAGAGAGGGAGGAACAGGAGAGGCCCAAGUUCAAAGAGAAGUGCAUGGCGCAUUGCUUGAAGUGCAUAGACAUCUUCUGUGUCUGGGACUGCUGCUGGUACUGGAUACGAAUGCAGGAAAUCAUCAGCCUCAUUGUGUUUGACCCUUUCAUGGAGUUAUUCAUCACUCUAUGCAUCGUGGUCAAUACACUUUUUAUGGCUAUGGACCAUCAUGACAUGCAAAAGGACUUUGAGAACGUGCUAAAAACCGGCAACUAUUUCUUCACUGCGACCUUUGCUAUUGAAGCUGGCAUGAAGCUGAUGGCAAUGAGUCCUAAGAACUACUUUCGUGAAGGAUGGAAUAUCUUCGACUUCAUCAUCGUAGCCCUCUCACUCGUCGAAAUUCUACUAGACAGUGGCUCAGGACUGUCUGUAUUGCGAUCCUUCCGUUUGUUGCGAGUGUUCAAGCUCGCCAAAUCCUGGCCGACGCUCAAUCUGCUCAUCUCCAUCAUGGGCAAAACCAUUGGCGCCUUGGGAAAUCUAACCUUCGUGUUGGGGAUCAUUAUCUUCAUCUUUGCAGUCAUGGGAAUGCAACUCUUCGGAAAGGAAUACGAAGACAACAAAGACAAAUUUCCUGUACAGAAGGUCCCCAGGUGGAACUUCGUCGACUUCAUGCAUUCUUUCAUGAUUGUGUUUCGAGUGCUCUGCGGCGAGUGGAUCCAGUCCAUGUGGGACUGCAUGGUGGCCGCUGGGAGCACAUGCAUCCCCUUCUUCCUCGCCACUGUUGUUAUUGGCAACCUUGUGGUACUGAACCUGUUCUUGGCUCUGUUGCUAUCGUCGUUCGGGGCGUCCAACUUAUCGCAAGCGAAUCCAGACAGUGGUGACACAAAGAAACUCCAAGAAGCAAUCGACCGCUUGCAUAGGGCACGCAACUGGAUAAAGUCCUGUUGUUUAAAACUUGCCAAGAGCUUCCGACGCAAGCCCCGUAACCAGAUAGCGGACCAGACUACAGACAUCAGGGAAGAACUUGAGGAUGGUGGGGGUGAAGUUGUGCUCCUGGACGGUCAAGUACCCAUGAGAGACAAAAAAUCCGACCACAAGGACCUUGAGGUUGUUGUUGGCGACGGCCUCGAGAUCGCCUUUCAAGGUGAUGGAAAAGCAGUAAAAAUGAAGCUGAAAAACAACUCCAAGCCUGUCAUUAAUUCUGUCUGGGUGGGCCCUGUAAUAGAGCCGAAGCUGCCUGAAAAAGACAACAAGCAAAAGGAAGAAGAGGAAGCAUUGAGCGAAAAGUCUCCGUUGAGCCCCAAGGAGCAGAGCCUUCCAACAAGCAAACCGUCCAAAGACCUUAGCAACUCCUCGCUCGGGGAUGAUGAGGAAAAACGCGAUGCCAGUAAAGAAGACCUUGAAACAACAGAAGGUAUGCAACCAGAAGGUGGCCCGAACCCAGACACGGAAGACGUUGACACCGACAAGCUAGAAACUGCAACUUCAGACGUUAUUAUACCUGAGCUACCAGCUGACUGCUGUCCUGACUGGUGCUACACGCGCUUUGCGUGCCUCUGCUUCUACGAUGAAUCAAAGCCCUUUUGGUUCAAAUACAAAGUCGUCCGGGCAAAAUGUUUUGCCCUAGUCGAGAACAAGUACUUCGAGACCAUUGUUGUUGUCCUCAUCUUGACCAGUAGCUUAGCACUGGCGUUAGAGGAUGUAAACCUGAAGGACCGUCCACUACUUAAAGGCAUCCUGAAUUACAUGGACAAGUCAUUCACGGUGAUAUUUUUCUUUGAGAUGAUUCUCAAGUGGGUGGCCUUUGGCUUCAAGAAGUACUUCACAAACGCCUGGUGCUGGCUGGACUUUGUCAUCGUCCUCGUGUCAGUGAUCAAUCUAAUAGCUACCUCCUUCGGAGGUGGUCGUAUCCAGGCCUUCAAGACGAUGCGGACACUGCGAGCGUUGAGACCUCUGCGAGCUCUGUCACGCUUCCAAGGGAUGCGGGUGGUUGUGAACGCCCUAGUGCAAGCCAUUCCUGCCAUCUUCAACGUGCUGCUUGUGUGUCUCAUCUUCUGGCUCAUCUUCUCGAUCAUGGGAGUGCAGAUGUUAGCUGGAAAAUUCUUCCGUUGUGAAGACUCCAAUGGAACUCGCCUCAAUAGCUCAUUCAUCCCCAACAGAGAUGCUUGCAGGUUUUACAACUUCAGCUGGGUGAAUCCUAUGAUCAACUUCGAUAACGUCCUAAACGCAUACCUUGCCCUCUUUCAAGUGGCUACGUUCAAAGGCUGGAUUGAUAUUAUGGCCAAUGCAAUUGAUUCGAGAGGAAAAAACGAGCAACCCGAUUACGAAGCCAAUAUCUACAUGUACCUCUACUUCGUGUUCUUCAUUAUAUUUGGUUCCUUCUUCACCCUGAACCUAUUCAUUGGUGUCAUCAUUGAUAAUUUUAAUGAACAGAAGAAGAAGGCGGGAGGAUCAUUAGAAAUGUUUAUGACAGAGGACCAGAAAAAGUACUACAACGCAAUGAAAAAAAUGGGGUCCAAAAAGCCUGCUAAAGCCAUUCCGAGACCAAGGUUCAAGCUACAAGCCAUGAUAUUCGACCUGACGACCAACAAGAUGUUUGACAUGGCUAUCAUGAUCUUCAUCGUCCUCAACAUGACGGUCAUGGCACUGGACCACUAUGGUCAAAGCAAGUUCUUCGGGGAAGUCCUCGACAGGCUCAAUAUCUUCUUUAUUGCUAUUUUCACGACGGAGUGCAUCCUCAAAAUGUUUGCCUUGCGCUGGUACUACUUCAAAGAACCAUGGAACAUGUUUGACUUCGUCGUCGUCAUACUGUCCAUUUUAGGUAACGCACUGAAAGACUUGAUCGCCAAGUACUUCGUAUCGCCUACUCUGCUUCGUGUAGUGCGCGUUGUGAAGGUUGGCCGCGUGCUUCGCUUAGUCAAGGGUGCCCGUGGCAUUCGUACUCUGCUUUUCGCGCUUGCCAUGUCACUGCCGGCCCUGUUCAACAUUUGCCUCCUGCUCUUCCUCGUCAUGUUCAUCUACGCUAUCUUCGGCAUGUCCUUCUUUAUGCACGUUAAGCACCGCUACGGCAUCGACGAAAACUUCAACUUCGAGACUUUUGGCCAGUCCAUGAUUCUACUGUUUCAGAUGUGCACAUCUGCAGGCUGGGACGAAGUCCUAGCCGCCAUCAUGGAUGAGCAUGGUUGCAGCGAAGCGACGGACGACACUGAGGGUGACUGCGGCAAUAGGGGUAUCGCCGUCACCUACCUCGUCUCCUACCUCAUUAUAAGUUUUCUCGUUAUUAUUAAUAUGUACAUCGCUGUCAUCCUUGAAAACUACAGCCAGGCCACAGAGGACGUUCAAGAGGGCCUAACAGAUGACGACUACGAUAUGUAUUACGAGAUUUGGCAACAAUUCGAUCCAAAAGGCACUCAGUACCUGCCUUAUGCCAACCUGUCAGCUUUUGUGAAUGCUCUCGAAGAGCCACUCCAAAUCGCCAAGCCAAAUAAGUACAAACUGAUUGUCCUGGAUAUCCCCAUCUGUAAAGACGAUCAGGUGUACUGCGUUGACAUCCUUGACGCUCUGACGCGGGACUUCUUUGCCCGGAAGGGCCAUACCAUCGAGGAACCUGCCGAGUUGACGGAGACGGUUAUCCACCAAGACCGACCAGACUACGAACCUAUCAGUUCAACGUUAUGGCGUGAACGAGAAGAGUACUGCGCCCGUGUCAUCCAGCGGGCAUGGCGCCGUUACAAAGGAGCUGUGUCGGACGGACCACCCGCGCAGCAGACGGCCAUUGUGGUGGACAGCGACGGUCAUGUGACACGCAACGGUCACCGUGUGGUGCUGCAUUCGCGCUCGCCCAGUGUGGCCAGCAGGUCGACGGACGUGUGACGUCGGCUGUCCCCGCGCGGGUUCGUGCGUCAUUCGUGGGCUUUCUGCUUCUCUGGCUUCGUCUUCCCCGACAUUGUGCACACUGAGGAGAAAAAUUGCUUUGCAAUUAUAACCGCGAUUUUUUCCAUGCAGAAAUUAGAUAGGAAAUUUAUAGAUAGUCAGUGAGUAAAUUCUCCCAACAAAGUGCAAAAAUUGGGAGCGCAAGACUAGUUCACGUGAAACUAGAUUGAGUGCAUAAUGCAAAAUAGAUUAGGAGCAUACAAUGUAAUAAACUAGAUCACGUGAGGGGUUGUCCUCCCGGAGGCGAAGCCAGGGAACGCUUGCUGUUUUCGACUUUAGGAGUUCCAAUAGGAAAAGACAAGAUUUCUCGCUUUUUGCUCCGAUAGCAAAGACUGGCAUGUUUUCAAUUGAUCAACACACUUGGCACAUUUCUCAUCGCACCAGUUCUUCGUUUUUCGAUGCUCCGGCCAUUGUUGCUAUAGAGGAAAGAAAAAACUGUUGCCGAGUGGAGUUAACCGUUGUGAAACUCGCUUUUCCUUCCUUUGCACAAGUGAUGUGCGUUACAGCUUAGGAAGAAAUAAGGUGAGGAAUGAUGCUCAGCACACCAAAGUUCGCUUGUCGCGUUAAUUAUGAUAUAUAAACUGCAGAUCCUUGGCGCGAUCACACACAGCAUGUAAAUACCGUGUGUGCGCGCGCCUUGUGUGUGUAAAUAAGGUGUGUAUAUUUGGGUCUCGCAGACCCUUCACAGAUGGAUUUUCUUUCCUAUGUGCCUUUAUGGGUUCAUACCUGCUUUUCAUUGACUGCAUCAGCUUUGAAAACCAUGCAACGAGCGUUUGUCACAAAAUCCUAUUUGAGAAGAUUUUAUUUCCUUCGAGGGGACGUCAUAAACUAUUUAAGCUAUUUUCAUUGCAUUUUACCACUCUAUGCUGAAUUCUUUGUUUUGAAUCCAACGUAGUGCUUCUCACACCGAGCAUGUGUGUGCGUAUAAAUAUAUGCCUUGAAAGUUUCUUUUACCAUGUUUCCUGCUCUGUAAAAAGAGGGUUUAUUUUUAGCAGAAGCCUUAUGAAACCUGUCUAAUAUGCAUAUAUAUAUACCGGCACACACACAAGUACUCACGAUCCGUAGAAAGUUUUACGAAAUUAUUGCUUCCGACUCUCGCACCAAUGCUACAUUUACAGAAAAAAAAACCGUAUUUUCUACAUUGUGCGUUCUGUGUACAUAACAUAGAAACACGCGUUUUAUUCCAAGUUUAUUUGUUGAAUGCCGUUGUUUUUUGUACACAAGCUCAACCAGUAGCAAAUAACGUGGGAUUUCCCAAGUGCUUCAUAUACCUAUGCAUGACUGUUGCUUGGUUUCUUGAACAAGUCAUCUCAAUUUUCUUCUCGA